UGAAUGUCUUGAUGUAGGAUAACAGCAGUCGGAUCAGAGUCUGUGGAUCUCUCACACGCAUUAGAUGAAUCUGACAAUGGCAUGUGUUUGGAAAAUUAUUCUUCUCAACAUUUUUAUCGUCUCUGGUAGAAGUAACGUGAGCAAAGGUUAUUUCUGGCACAUCUCAGACCUCCACUGGGAUCCUUCUUAUGAUGUAGGGGGUAACUCUGCAUCAAAAUGUGCUUCUAGUGGAGGCCGUCCGACCCCGAACGCAGGCAGAUUUGGAGAUUAUUCCUGUGACUCCCCAUGGACUCUGAUAAACUCAACACUGAGUGCCAUGAAAGGGAUCCUGCCUGACCCGGACUUCAUCAUCUGGACCGGAGAUGAUACGCCUCAUGUGCCCAAUGAGCAGCUGGGAGUCGAACCUGUCCUGCGUAUAAUCAGCAAUCUCACCCACAUUAUAAAAACCACUUUUCCUAAGACCAAGGUGUAUUCUGCAAUGGGAAAUCAUGACUACCAUCCAAAGAGCCAAAUGCCCCCAGAAAAAAACAUCAUUUAUGAGCAAACCGCAAACUUGUGGCAUGACUGGCUACACGCUGCGUCAAAAGAAACCUUUAAAAUAGGCGGAUAUUACACAGAGAAGCUGCUGAAUCAAACUGGCCUCAGAGUCGUGGUCCUAAAUACGAACCUCUAUUACGAUCAGAACAAACUCACAGAAAACAUCAAAGACCCUGCAGACCAGUUCAGUUGGGCCGAUAAAGUGCUUCAGGACGCAGCUAAAAAUAAUGAGAAGGUUUACAUUAUUGGCCAUGUCCCUCCAGGGUUUUUUGAGAAGAAGCGAGAUAAAGCCUGGUUCAGGAAAGAGUUUAAUAAGCGCUAUAUAGAUCUCAUUCAAAAGCACAGCGCUGUUAUACAGGGCCAGUUCUUCGGUCAUCAUCACACCGACAGCUUCCGCAUGUACUACAGCUCAGAAGGAUCUCCCAUAAGUGCAAUGUUCCUGACUCCAGGAGUGACGCCCUGGACAACAACAUUACCUGGUGUCAUAGAUGGCGGAAAUAAUCCUGGAAUUCGCAUCUUCGAAUAUGACACCAAAACACUUUUGAUCAAGGAUAUACUCACCUACUAUAUGAACCUGACAUACUCAAAUGUGGUACAUGAGCGCUGGGAGAAGGAGUACCGGCUGACGGAGGCGUUUCGUGUGCCGGACGCCUCUCCCGCCUCCAUGCACCGCGUGAUGGAGCGGAUAUCCAGCGACAAGUGUUAUCUGCAGAAGUACUAUGAGUUCAACUCUGUGAAUUAUGACCUGACGGAGUGCCACUCUGACUGCCGCAUCGAUCACGUGUGCGCGAUGAGGGAAGUGGACUUCGAGGCCUAUGAGAAGUGUGUGGUGAAGGAGGGAGGAUCAUCCACCGCUCCAGUGCUGUUUACACUGCUGCUGUCACUGAUGCUGAGCCUGCUGUGUUUGAACUGAUCACAGAACAUUG